AGAGAGAGAGAGAGAGAGAGAGCGGAAUAUUCAAAAAAAAGAUGAAACAAACUACAGUGGCUCUCUCUCUCGUCCUCAUCCUCCUCAUAACCAAUACUCUCUCUCUAACAGAAUCGAAGUCGGAGUGCAAGGCAUGGCUCGUCCAAUCAAUCCCCACCGACAUGCCCCACCUCUCCCGAGUCCCCGGCGUUCUUUCUACUGCGGAUGUAUUUCGUUGGUUGGCUGGAAACUCUUCCCAGAGGCUGGACAUGUUGGUGCAGUAUUGGCAAUUAGUAGCUCAGCCGGAUGAUCCUCGUUCUGGGGAUUAUGGAUACUCAAAAGAUGAUAUGAAAAGGUUUGGUGCUAAUGAAGGUUUUGGAGUCUAUAAAGCAUUAGAGAAUGCUGCUGACCGCAAUGUUAGUAUCAGGUUCUUACAGCACUCUGGAGUAUAUCCUGAUUAUACUGAAGAACCAUCAAAACUUGCUUCGGGGAGGUCAAAUGUGAAGAAUGUCACAUUGCUGCUUGGUGAAUGGUGGGGAUCAGGCAUAGUCCACGCAAAAGUUUGGAUAUCUGAUCGUCGAGAUAUUUAUAUCGGGUCUGCUAACAAUGACUGGAAAUCUCUUACUCAGGUAAAGGAAGUCGGAAUAUAUCUUGCUGGUUGUCCAGGAAUAGCUAAAAAGGUUGAGGUCUACUUUGACAACUUGUGGAAGCUUGCAUUUCUUAAUGUUUCAGCUUUUACAGAAACAGUUUGGGAUCCCCAGUGGCAGAUCACCAGAAAGGUUCCUUGUUGGUCUCAUUUUGUCCAUCAAAAAGAAAGGUGCAGAUCACCUCUCCAUUCUUAUGUGGAGGUUCCCCAUGUAGCAGGCUACCCAGAACUUUCAGACCCUUAUAUGUUUGAAAUGCCAAUCCGAACUCCAGGACACAACUAUUCGACUUUGCAGUCUCAUUACAACUAUCUCUCAUUUGCACCACCAGAGCUGUUAUUUGGCAAGUACCAGGCAGAUGAACAGGCAUGGGUUGACACAAUUAAAUCUGUAGGAGUUGGAGCAACUGUAAGGAUUAAUACUAUGGAUUGGCUUGGUCAAUCUCAAUACACGACACAAACAGUUUAUUGGUCAUCCCUUUCCUCUGCAAUAUCGGAGGUUCUUUUUUCCAAGCACGCAAAGGUCAAGAUACUAGUAGCACAUUGGGGACACUUUAUCAACGGCACAGAUCAGUACCUCAAGUCUCUUCUCUACUCCAAUAAUCUAUGCUCUUCUUCAAAGUACAAUAAGUGUUCCGGCUUAAUCGAAAUCAGGUACUAUGUAGUUCCUGGAUUCAACUCGACCGGACCUGCUAUUCUAAACGGGGCCCAAACAGGAAAUAUGUACCCAGGUUAUACCAGGGUCAAUCAUGGAAAAUAUGCGGUAAGUGAUGUGCGGGCUCACAUUGGGACUAGCAAUCUUAUAUGGGACUACUUCUAUACUACAGCUGGUGUUAGCUUUGGGACGUACCACCCUGCCAUUGUUUCACAACUUCAAGAAAUUUUUGAUGCUGAUUGGAAUUCUCCUUACACUGUACCGGUUGAGCAGUUGGAGGAAGUUCAUGUCUUUUCAAGCUGAUCACAAAUCGAACUGCUUGGACUGUGCUGAUUUCACAAAGAUAGCUUCUAGCCUUCCAGGAAGGACUUCAGCUUCUGCUUUUAGGUGUUCUGUUCUUUAGCCUGGAAAUCAGGCUCAUCUGGGCUCCAGUUGGAAAAAUAAGUUUUACUUUGUAAUUUAUGAAUAAUGAGGAAAAAUAAAUUCAACUGUAAAUGUUCUUUUGCAAA